AUGAAUUUACAACGACUCAGUAUUAAUGUUGGACGGAAAAGUAUUAUUUCAAUUUUUGAUGUACUGCACAAACGUUCUCAGUCAACUGCAGUUACCACAUACAAGUCUCAAAGUAAUAGGCAAUCUAUGAACACUGCUGGAUUUCAAUUUCUUUCACACAAAAAUUAUUAUCCUUUAAUGAUUGAUUCAAUUACACAUCAAUUGGAUCUGAUUGAAAAAUUUGUUUCAGUUAUUGAACAAAUCACUAAUGCCAGACAAUCAUAUUCCAUGGCCUUGAAAAAUAUAUGUCAGUCAUUUAAAGAAAGUGUGGAAAAUGUUGAAAAUGUAGAGAAUAACAAUGAUUCAACAACAACAACAACUACUACUACUACCAAUAAUAAGGAUCAUGAAAUUCUUGAUAAUCUUUGGCACAUAUUUAUUGAGAAAUCUCAAGAUGAAGCCGGGCUUCAUGAAAAUGUAAUUCAAGAGACCAAAGCCAAAGUUGUAAUUCCAUUACAGUGUAUUGUGAAACAGAGAAGGCAACAAAUUUCUCGUUUAAAAGCAUUCCGUACAUUAACAGAUUUUACACUUAAAGAAUGUAGUGAAAAAGUUGUUGAGUUACAUGGUAAUUAUGCAGAGAUGUAUAGAAUUCAUCGUGAAUUAUUACAAACCAAAUCUAUAAAAGACUUAUUAAAUGCACAUAACUCUUAUGUACUUCAAUUACAUAUGACCAAUGCUAUGAAAGCUUAUUAUCAUAAUUUAAUAUUACCACAACUUAUGCAAGAAUUCGAAUCCAUUGUCAGGGAAAACACCGUUGAAUUUGUCCAAAUUUUUGAUUAUUUUUGCUCAAUUCAUGCAAAUAUGUUUGAACAGCUGAUUUGUAAUAAUAAUGGUGUUCAAUUUAAAGCGAAAGAAAUUUCUCCAGAUACUGUUGUAUCAGCUAUUGUGCAUAAUUUAAAUAAAAAUCAAAAUCCAACACAUUGGCAGCUAAUUGAAUAUCUUCCACCAGACUGUGAUUGUCCUGAAAUAUUAUGUUCAGAUCAAAUAAUAGUGGAUAAUUUAGUCAAAGGGCAAUUGCAAGAAAAAAUUGCUGAAUUAAAACGUCAAUUCGCUGAACUUUCAUCAUUCAUGCAACAAAAUAUAAACAUUGUAGAUACAUUGAAAACAUUGGAAAAGAGAUUUGAUUUGGAAACUGAAACAAGGCAUACAAACUUGAAUAUGCAUGAUGAUAUUUAUCGUAAAGAGGAUGAAAUACGCAAGGCAAGAAUAGCAUUAGCUGGAAUAGAAAUACAGUUAAAAAUUAUUGAUAUGAAGAAAGAAGGUUCUGGUGACUUGAAAUCUGUCACAACAUCCGGGUCGCAAAAUAUUAAGGGAUUAUGGAAACGAGCUUUUCAUUCUUUAAGAAAAGAUAAAACUGAUAAAGACCAAAUUAAACGUAAAGAAAAUGGCAGUCAAUCAACGGAUCCUCAAACACUAGAAGGUGAAGUUGACCCAGUCUAUCAUUUAUUAAGAUGUGCAGCUAGUAAAAGCCAAACUACAGCUAUAGCAACAACCGGUCUGGUUAAUUGUAGAACCAAUCUCAAAACAAAAUCCUCUGUACCUGAUACACCAAUACCGAGUUCUAGUGAAUUUGGAAAUUUUGUAAAAACAGAUUAUAAUGACACAAAUUUAUAUCCUGGUUCUUUACUUCUACGUAAAGCAUCUACAAGUGUAACACUUAAACAAAACGAAUCAUAUUCACGUCGACCAGAUGAAUAUUCGUUAGAAGGUGACUCCAAUUACAACAUCAUUACCAACAAUAAUAACAAAAAUAAUCAAAGUAACAGAGAGAUUGAAGGCAACACAUCACGCUUCAAUGAGCAUAAAUCAAUUAAAAGUAAUGUGUUAGUUUCUAGUAAUUUGAAAUUAACACCUCAAAAUCCUUUGGCCGAACAACAAAUUGUUAAUAUAAAUGAAGCAGAAUUAGCUUAUGAACAACAUAAACGAAUGAAUCCAAGACAAAAGACAUCACGUACCAAUCAAAAAAGUUCAGGAUUUCUCACUGAAGAUUAUCCACAAACAUCGUUUACUACUGAUUGUGGUUACGAGAGUGAACCGAAAUCAUUUAUUUGUACAGAUGAAGUAAAAUCGCACAAACAGUUUACAGGUUAUAAUCAAAAAUCAUUUUCACCAGCAAUACGAAAUUCUUGUGAAAAAAUGAAUACAUCCAAUCGAAUGAGAAUGAUGUCAAUGGAUGAAAAUGAAGAUGAUGCUGAUGAUAAUGAUGAUGAUAGCAAUAAUAAUAAUAAUGAUAAAAAAUUCCAUUAUUAUACAAAAGACAAUGAUAAUUAUAAAGGACAAAAUGCAAGUUAUUUACGUUCUGAAAAUUCAUAUCCAUCAAUCUCACAACAAUAUAUUCAUAAUACAAAUGCAACAUAUAGGAAACCGUACUGUCAUGAUGAAAUGCCCCAGUGUACUACUACUACUACUACUACACAAUUACCAGGUUUACAAGAAAAAAUGAAAAAGAAUCCAUUAUUGUCUACAAAGAGCUUUUCACUUGAUGUCCCACGAUUCGAUCAACCGAACGAUUCUAAUUUAAUUGGUUCUGGAGGUUCCAGUCCAGGGCGUUAUUCUGAAGGAUUUCGUAAAUCUUCAGUCGUUAAAUAUCAUCCACAUUUACCUCCUGGAAUUUCACCAUCAUCUGUCUCUCCAAGGAUAAAUGAACCCAUGUUAUAUACUCAUACAGCGAAAAAUAUUCCUUAUGAAGAAACACACAUGAUGGAUAUGCAUUAUUCCACCCAUAUGAAUACGAAAGAUUUAUAUAGUUUUGAUGCUUUAUAUUCUACAAAUAUCAAUGAAAGAUCACCUUCUACAUCAGGUAGGCGUAGAAUUUCACCACUUGAAAACUAUUCAUCUCGUCCACGUUUAGUAAAUACAAACAGAAUUUUACCGAAACCAAUUGAAAGUACAUAUGAGAGAAAUCCAUUUACUGUUAAAAGGAAUUUCACAUCGAAUCAAAGAAAUGAACCUAAUCUAAGAUUUUAAACAAUUACAAGCCCUAAGAUAUCAAUAGUUGGUGUGUAAUAUUGUUGUAACAAAAUAAUCAUACAACAAAAACAACAAAAAACAAAACAGAAAUCAGUAUAAUUUUCCAACAUUUUUUUUUUAUUUUCAAUAGCAA